AUGGGUAGAGGCCCGAAGAAACAUCAGAAGCGCCUCAGCGCACCGUCACACUGGCUGUUGGACAAGCUCUCGGGUGCCUAUGCCCCAAAGGCAUCCCCGGGUCCUCACAAAGGCCGUGACAGCUUGCCUCUGAUUGUCUUCAUUCGUAACCGCCUCAAGUAUGCCCUGAACGGCCGCGAGACCACUGCCAUUCUUAUGCAGCGCCUCAUCAAAGUCGACGGCAAGGUUCGAACUGACCAUACCUAUCCCGCUGGCUUCAUGGAUGUCAUCUCUAUUGAGAAGACUGGCGAGCACUUCCGUCUGAUCUACGAUACAAAAGGUCGCUUCGCAGUGCACCGCAUUGAACAAGCUGAGGCAGAAUACAAACUUGGCAAGGUCAAGAGAGUUCAGGUUGGCAAGGGUGGAAUCCCAUACUUGGUUACGCAUGAUGCUCGCACUAUCCGAUACCCCGAUCCCGCUAUCAAAGUCAACGACACCGUUAAAAUCGACCUCAGCACCGGAAAAGUCACCGAAUUUAUCAAGUUCGACACUGGUGUGAUCGCCAUGGUUACUGGUGGUCGUAACAUGGGUCGUGUUGGUGUUGUUACUCACCGCGAGCGCCACGAUGGUGGUUUCAAUAUCAUACACAUCAAAGAUGCAAUUGACAACUCAUUCGCUACCCGAGAAUCCAACGUCUUCGUCAUCGGAAAGGAGAAACCAUGGAUCAGUCUGCCCAAGGGCAAAGGUGUCAAAUUGUCCAUUGCCGAAGAGAGAGAUCGUCGUCGUGCUGUUGCCCUUGCCGGACAAUCGUGA